UUCAUCAAUCUCCGUCCGUCAGCAGCAGCAGGAGAGAGAAGAGCCGCGGAUCACUCACACAGCGUGUUUAGGCUUUUAUUUUCAUCUUUCUUUAACGUCUCGGCCUGGAGGCUGGUGUGAAAUAAUACAAGAGGAGCUGAUCUUCAAAAUAACCGAAUAAAUCUUCCCUGAUGUGGAUAUAUCUUCUAAAUAUAUGGAUAAAUAUAAUUGGUUUAAUAUUUAACGGGAAUCUACAGAGGAGAUCAAGAAAGGAGCCGACGGUCCCAGUCGAUCACCGGGGACCCGCACCUGUCCAGUCCGCCCAGACUCCGGUCUCCCCUCGCUGCUUCUAGCAUGAUGUCUUACCUCAAGCAGGCCCCGUACGGCAUGAGCGGGCUGGGCCUGAGCGGAGCCGCCAUGGACCUGCUGCACCCGUCCGUGGGCUAUCCCGCCAACCCUCGAAAGCAGCGGCGGGAACGUACGACCUUCACCCGGACGCAGCUGGACAUCCUGGAGUCUCUGUUCGCCAAAACGCGCUACCCAGACAUCUUCAUGAGGGAGGAGGUGGCGCUGAAAAUCAACCUGCCAGAGUCCAGAGUGCAGGUUUGGUUCAAGAACAGGCGAGCCAAGUGUCGGCAGCAGCAGCAGAGCAACAACAGCGCCAAGGUGAAACCACUGAAGAAGAAGUCGUCUCCGACCAGGGAGAGCACUGGAUCCGAGAGCAGCGGCCAGUUCACUCCGCCGGCCGUGUCCAGCUCUUCCUCCUCCACCUCUACCUCCUCUUCCUCGUCCUCUGCCUCCUCUGGUCUUGGCGGUCCUGCUUUGAUCAGCACUUCUACCUCCGUCACCGCUCCGGUGUCGUCCAUCUGGAGCCCGGCGCCGAUCUCCCCGGCCCCGGCGCCGGCCAACCUGCCCGACCCGGUCGCUCCAACCAGUGCAUCCUGCAUGCAGCGCUCCGCCACCUCCUCCUCCAAUGCCGGAGCAGCUUCCUAUCCGGUGUCCUACAGCCAAACGGCGGCGGCGUACAGCCAGGGCUACCCGGCCUCAGCGUCGGGCUCCUACUUCAGCGGGGUGGAGUGUGGCUCCUACCUGGCACCCAUGCAUUCCCACCACCACCCGCACCACCCGCACCAGCUCAGCCCCAUGACGGGCUCCUCCAUGACCGGACACCCACACCACCAUAUUGGCCAGACGACGGGCCACCACCACCACCACCCGCCACAUCACCACCAGGCGUACAGCGGGCCCGGCUUGGCCUUUAACUCCACAGACUGUCUGGAUUACAAGGAGCAGACUGCAGCUUCAGCCUGGAAGCUCAACUUCAACGCUACCGACUGUUUGGACUACAAAGACCAGGCCUCUUGGCGCUUCCAGGUUCUGUGACUUCCUUCGCCCAUUGCUUAGUCUGUUCAAAGACUUUCUUUUUGUUCGUUUUUUGUAAAUUGAAGAUCCCAAAUCUAAUAGAAAAGACAUUUUUAAAGGGGCAGUGUUAUGAAAAAUGUAAGAUUUUUUUUCCGUCUUAUUCCCUCAUCAGAAACAUACCUGGAGUGUCGCUCUGAUUCAUUCAUGCAAGUCCUUUCAUCUUCCCUGGCAACCAUUCAGCUGCACAAAACACCUAGGUGGACUUAGCUCCGCCCCCACUCACCUCCUUCAGACUAGCCUGCAGCAAUUAGCAAACAUCUGAUGUAACUGCACAUCUGCUGAACUCCUUCUAUGAG